AUGUAUGCAGACAAUACUACGAAAUUUGGUGAUAGUAUUUAUCAUGGAUAUGAAACUGUUGAUUCUGCGGAUGACUCAGAUGAACCAGUUGAUCCGGAAUAUAUUAACCUCUUAGAAGAACUUGAAGGUAAUGAACACGUGGAUGUAGACUUAUACUCUGUUUUGGGUGUUGAGAAAAAUGCAUCCGCGGCUGAUUUACGUGCAGCCUACAAACGUCUAUCAUUGCUGUUUCAUCCGGAUAAACAUUCAACCUCAUCUACUGUGGAUGGAUAUACAACAAACCUUAAUCUAUUAGAUGCGGAAUGUACAUUCAGUCGAAUAUCUUCAGCAUACACAAUUUUAAGUGACCCUAAACAACGUGCAAUUUAUGACAAUUUUGGUUAUAAAGGCUUACAGAUGCAGGGCUGGCAAAUAGCAACCUGUCAAAAAUCAACACCUGAACUGCGUUUAGAAUAUCUUCUACUGAAGGAAAAAGCGAAAGCAUCCAAACAACUUCAAAUGACACAGCCGAACUCCGAAUUUUCAUUUGGUUUGGAUUUGACUGACGUCUUUGAUCGUUACUUGAAGGAACCACCAGAGGAUCGUUCCGUUAUUCCUAUCCCAUCAAUUUACGAACUUUCUGUCGCCCAGUCUAUUAAUGCCGGUAUCAGUGUGAACAACUCUGUUAGUUUGGCUGGUCAAGUGACAGCUCAUAAUGGAAUAGGCGUAGGUACAUGCCUAGUGAUUUGGCGGCACCACUGUUCCAGAAAGUCUAUUCUCGGUCCAACCACCAUUGAUACUGAGAUUUCUUACGGUCGUGCUGGACGUGGAUUAUGUACCGGAAUCAGAGCAAAGCGUGCAUUUGGUCAACGUUUUGUCGGAAAUUUUGGACUCUCUGUCACCGGUUUGUAUGAAAGAUCUCCAAAAUCAAGUAUAACUCUUAUGCCAAAUAUUACUGCUGGUUUAAAUAUCCAACUAUUAUCACAUGUACAUGCUCAUCUUGAACUGAGAUGCCUCAUGAAUCCAGGUAUAUCAAGUGAUUUAUUAUUCACCUCUUCUGAUGGUGCUUAUAAUGCAAGAAUUUCAAGCAAAUUGAAUGCAUCUGGCUAUGCAAGUAUUUCCUUAUCACUAGAGAAAUCUGUUACAUGGUCUUGGCUCAAUCCACCUAGAGGAUCCGGUGUAUUUGAAAAACAAAGUACUUCUGAAACUAAUUAUGAUUGGGCUGACUCAGACGACUUUGAUACGGAACAACAACAAUCUGAUAAGGGCAGUAUAUCCUGUACUAUUGGUGUUAAUACUACAGAUAUUGGUGAAUUCGCUCUUGGUGCCCAAUGUCGAAUAUCCGCUCUGUCCAAAAUCUCUGGCCAGAUUCGGUUAAGUCUUCAAAAAGGUGUUAGUGUGAAACUCAGUCUAUUAAGAGGUACUCAAACUUAUUCCAUCCCUUUGCUUUUAUCUGAACAUCCUGACACAGUUGCGUUUGGCUAUGGAUUGAUCUUCCCUCUUCUUGCAUUUUCUGCUAUUCGCAUGUUAAUUUAUGAACCUUAUCUUUCACGAAAAUUAGAACUCGCUCAAAAAUCUCGCAGAGCGAAACUACACGAGGAAUUGACAAGAAAGCGAAGAGAGGCUUUGUCUACUCAGGAACUUAUGAAGAAAGCUGCAUCCCGCAGUAAACGGAAUGAAAUGUCUAUUUCGGGUCUAGUUAUUGACCGGGCAAUGUUUGGUUGUUUCUCGUCAAACUCAGAUCCCUCAACUUUAUCCGACGCUGGUGGUCCGUUGGCAUUCGAUGUGACUAUUCCCCUUCAAGCUAUGGUUGAACAAAGUCAUCUGCGUUUGCCGCCCGGUCGAUGGUGUGAUUUUCAAGGAUUUUAUGAUCCUUGCGUCGGUUUAGUAGACAAGUCCCGUCAACUUUGUGUAUUGUAUACUUUCCGCAAUUGUCCACAUGAAGUGACUGUCAAUGAGAAUCAAGGUCUAGCUAUUCCGAUGUCGAAACAUAAAAUUGAAACGGUUUAA